AUGGAAAAAAACAAUAAUUUAAAUCAGCAGGAAAGAAUACAUGGGUUAGUUCAGGAUGAGAACUACAAAUUUUGGUUAGGUGGGUUUGUGGAAGGUGAAGGUACUUUAGUUGUUUCUAUUGUUAGAAAUUCUAAAGUAUCUAAUGGUGUAGCACUACAACCUGAGUUUAGUGUUGCCCAACAUGAGAAUGGUAUACAAAUAUUACACUCGUUUAAAGUCCUUUUUGAAGGGAAAGGUUCUGUACACGCAAAGUCAGGUUCAGAAAAAGUAUGAGUAUAUUCUCUAAAAGGUUUUCAGAACUUGAAAAAGUAUGUGUUACCUUUUUUUUCUAACUAUGUUGUUAAGUAUUCUAGUAAGUACAAAUCAGAGGUUUUCCAAAAUUUCCAGGAUAUAAUUGCAAGAUUAGAUUCUAAUAAUAAGAAAACCAUGGAAAAAUCAGAAAUGGUAGAAUUAAUAAAGUUAGUUUAUCUUUUAAAUCCGGACAGUAAAGGAAAGUCCAGAAAAAGAACGCUAGGGGAAACCUUAGCCAUAAUCGAUCAACACUACUUAACAAAGGGUAAGUAA